CAGAUUCCUGGUUUACUGGAGAGAGUUUUUGCAAGCCUUGACGAACGUUGUUGAUCUGAGAAUUUGUUGGCAAACUUUGAGAAAGUAUAACACUUCAAUCUCCAAUGUGCACAAAAGAAGGUCAUCUAGUGACAUUUAAAAGUUGAGUUGGCGAGCUUGAAAAUUUUGUCAAUAUUAGAUUCUUUAAUCAGUAUACGGAUAGACUACACGAAAUACAGGUAUGGGUAAUGCUUGUGUAUCAGGCACUAGUGCACCCCCAGAUUUCGUAAUUCUAGUCAAAACUGGAGACUAUAAGGGGGCUGGGACCAACGCUGAUGUUUACGUCGCGUUGUACAACGAGGACGGAGUAAGGUCCAGAGACAUCCUGCUGGACUGCCGGUGGAAAGACGACACUGAACGGGGGAGCCUCGGUCGUUACCCGGUGACCAAUCUUCCCAACUUCGGGCUAGUCUCCAAACUUGAAGUUUGGAGAAACUCGACUGGACUUGGAGAUAGUUGGUUUCUGGAACGAGUUGAGGUUGUUCCAGAGACAAGUGGAGACAGUUCAGUCUUCCCAAUCCACCGUUGGAUACCAGCUGAUAAGAAACGUGUAUUUGGACGCAAUGACUGCGUCCUUCCUCAGUGUGAUGAAAGAAAAGAUGACCGAAAAAAGGAAUUAGCUGAGAAGAAGAAACUUUAUGAACUAGAAUGCAAGGCAGAGGGGUUGAUUCCACAAGUGAAAAAUUUCCCAGAGGACGAAUCGUUCUCAGAUGAUUACAAGUGGGACAUAGUGAAGAACAAAGCCGGGUUGUUGCUUCAGAGUAAACUCAUUAACUUGCAGACUGAUGAAUGGAAAACUCUUGAAGACAUCGGGAAGGUUUACAAUAAACAUCUUCCAGUUCCUUAUGGAAUGAAUAACUGGCGAUCUGAUCUGGAGUUUGGCUCUCAGAGGUUGGUCAGUUGUAACCCAACUCAAAUCAGACUUUGUACAGAAAUCCCGGACAACUUUGCUAUUACCGAUGACAUGAUAAAACCACUUAUAGAUGAUAUGACGUUACAAGAGGCCAUGGAAUGCAAGAAACUCUUUAUCAUGAACUACUCGAUAUUGAAAGAUCUCAAAUGCAGUUACGAUAGAAAGAUCUGUGCGCCGCUUGGUCUCUUCUACGUCAACAAGUCACAUGACCUGGUCCCAGUUGCAAUCCAACUCUUCCAAGAUCCUUGUGAAGAUAAUCCAGUAUUCCUUCCGACUGAUCCAGAGUAUACUUGGCUCCUUGCCAAGUUGUGGUUCAACAACGCCGAUGCAUCUUUCCACCAAUCAGCGACUCAUCUUGGAUUUACCCAUCUCAUUAUAGAAUCCGUUGCCGUGGCAACGCAUCGUUGCCUCUCCCCAUCUCAUCCAAUCUUUCGGUUAUUGGCGCCGCAUUUUCUGUACCUGAUUGCCAUUAAUUAUCGCGCCUUGGCGAAGCUUGUAUCGGAGGACGGUUGGGUCGACCAGUGCAUGGGCAUUGGUCGCAUUGGAAUGUUCGACAUCAUUGCAAGGACAGCGACAAAAUGGCGUCUCAAUGUUGAGGGCACACUUCCCACUGACCUCAAUAUGCGCGGGGUCGAUGACCCGGAAGUACUGCCAAAGUAUUACUUCCGGGACGAUGCACUUCUUCUGUUUGAGAUCAUCGAGAAAUACGUGUCUGAAGUUGUCAAUGGAAACUAUGAUGAUUCUGAAAAGCUUCGAGAUGACGAAGAAAUCCAAGAGCUCGCUGAAAUACUAUCAAAGCCAUCAACUGAAGGAGGAGCUGGUAUCCAGGGAGUUCAUGGCAAUGGCAAGUUCGCAACUAAUGCUGAGUUAAUAGGAGCUUUGACUGCCAUCAUCUACACGAGCAGUGUGGCUCACGCGGCAGCCAAUUUCUCACAGUAUGACGAAUACGCUUUCCCGCCAAAUUAUCCCUCAAUAAUGCGGGAUGCUGAACCGCCAAAAGAUAAGAGCCCACGCACAGAGCAAGAUAUCGUCAACUGUUUACCCAAUAAAGAGAAAACAAUAAGCAUCAUGGUGGUAACCAAGAUCCUAAGUGAUAGGGGAACCAAUGGUUUGGGUGACUUUGAGGUCGAGUACCAGUUUGAUGACGUCGGGAAGAAGGCUGUGGAAAGUUUUAGGAAGGAGUUGAUUCAUGCUGGUGACGUCAUCGAUGAACGCAACGUCACCCGAGCGUCUCCAUACACUUACCUGCACCCUAAGGAAGUACCAAAUGCCAUCAGUAUUUGAAUUAUCACAACGUCAUACGAGCGUCACUAUACACCUACGUGCAUCCUUGAGGAAGUACCCGGUGCCACCAGUAUUUGAAUGAACACUAGGAACAUUAUGUUCCUGUUGUUGUCAAAAUGAGUCAGUGAACGUUGUUCCUGGUGCCGAAAGUAGGUCAUUUCGUAGGCAUUAGGUUCGCAUUACAUUGAGGAACAUAAACUAACUUAGUGCAUGUACAUGUAUUCCAUAAUAUGGGUCAGCAAUACGCAUUCAAUGACUUUUUAAUUAAACAAAAUCGUAUAUUCACAGCAUUUCAUACGUUUUCAGAGACACCAUUGAGUUUUUCAAAGGUUCAAUUCAGUUUCAACGCCAAAGACAAUAACAGAACACAAUGACCCCUUUGCAACCCGAUUAGAAAAUGCAGUCUUGCGGAAACGUUUUUCAAAUAUUCCAUUGAGUUUUUCAAAGGUUCAAUCCAGUUUGAACGCCAAAGAUAACAAAAGAUAUAAUGAUCGCUUUGCAACCCGAUUAGAAAAUUUAGAUUUGUGAUAGGUCUGCAUCAAUCAUAACUGAAGGUUCGUGCAGCAAGGAUUGCUUUGUGUAUAAAGAAGCACUGUGUAUAUCAAUAGUAGAAAACUCAUUUUACGUGGGUAAGGUAGGUUUAUUGAAUUUAAAGAGUAUCUCAACCAUGAAGAAUGGUUGAAAAACAUGGCAGAAAGAGGAAGGCAUGGGAGACAUUUGAUAUUGAACUGAAAUCAUAUAACUGUACAUUGAACUUGAGUGACAUAACCGUGCAGCCUCCGUGGUCUAGUUGGUAAGACACUGCUCUGGAAAGGUCGUGGGUUCGAAUCCCACCUUAUAUGCCUGUGAUUUCACAAGAAAGUACCAACUAUACUGUGCAGUGCUGACACAUCGGUGUGAAAGGGUUAUACCUGGAGCCGUAAUAAACAGUGUUCAUUAUUUUGUUCUGACUGGUCUUUGCUCAAACAGUCGAAGAUCAGAGACCAACUAACCAAUAUUAAUCCCAUACGUUAUAUAAAGAGGACAUCAUAGGGAAGAAAUACCAGCAGAAAUGAGAUUCGGGACUUCAGAAUCUAUUCUUUAUACGCAGAACCUUUUUAUAGCUCUUUGUAGACCUUUGUCUCAUGCUUCCUCCAUCUUUGUCAUUUUCAUUGUAUCGAAUAACAAAAAUGAAUGCUAACAAUCAUUAUGCAAAUAGGAACCAGACUAUUUCAAGCCUCGGAUUUCUUACAUUGAUAUCAAUGGGGAAUAUUCAAGAUGGCUGCACUUCGAUAAAGUUCUAUAGGGUGACAAACCUUUCCAGCAAAUGUUUACUUUUUGUAAAAAAUAUCCUGACGUAUUGUCAGCUAUUUACUGUACAUACCGUAGUACUAGGUAUCUAGCAUGAAACGCUACCUAAGCGAACGUAUGACUUAUAAUAAGACGUAUAACGUAAGCUGCACUGAAACUGCCUUGAUAAGUAACCAGCCCAAGCUCCUAUUCAUUACUGGUUCUGGGAUUGACGAUUGACAAACGAUCUGCCCAGCGCACAUUGCAUGCAUUGUCCGCUUGACUAAACACUGGCGCUACCUAUAAGCGAAUGUUAUGAUGACCUAUAAUAUGACGUAUAACGUAAGUAGAUUUACGCACUGGGAACUUGCAAUCUGCCCGGCGCACAUUGUCCACUUGACAAUAAGCCAGAAUGUAACUUCAAUAGUUACAUUCAUUUAUAGGUAUAAAUGUGGAAACAAAAGUGAUUUAAAGCUGGUUCACUGUAAAACCAAACUUGAAGGUGGUAAUAUCUUUCAAACUUGGUCUUUGAAGAAAAUGUGCUUCUUUCUUGAAUUGUUAAGUAUUGUGGUCAUAGUGUUUGCUUAUAAAAGAAAUAGUUUCGUAACAAAAUACCAAAAACACUUACAAUUAUUUAACACUAAUGAACAAGUUAUUAGCUUUAGAUUACAACAAAAUAUUUUGUUCAUGUAUGUAUUUUGUUCAUGUAUUUUCAAACACAAGUGAUAAGUCAGAAAUAAACAUUUUGUUUUUCCUUCUCCUGCCCUGCGAUGCACCCCUCUCAGCAAGUUUUUCUGAUUGCUCCUAACGUAAAGUCCUCAUUCUGGGGCCCAUAUUGCCAUUUAUUCGAGUAAAUACCAAACAGUGUAAUUGUGCAAUCGCCGGUGUAAAGCUCCGGACAAUGCAUGCAAUGGGCAGAUCGUCUGUCAUUCAUCGGAGCCAUUGAUGAAUGGAGUUUAAUAGGGCCAGUUACUUUACCAAGGCAACCUCAGUGCAGCAAACGUUAUACAUGUACGUCAUAUUAUAAGUCAUACGUUCGCUUAGGUAGCGUUUCAUGCUAGAUACCUACUUGUACAUUGUAAAACGGACAAAUUGUAUGUAAAAUAUGUACAUGUAUAGCUUUUAUGCCCUUAUUACUAUAGGGUAUGUUUGCGACAAUCAUUGAGAUAAGAAAAACACCGACAGAAGUUAGUUUCAGAAGGAAAAACUAGGACGUAUAGCAUCAGUUCUAUUUAUGAGUUAAGUAAAAACAAAUUCUUAAAAGGAUAAAUACAAUGUACGGAUAUGUUUUUUUUGUUAGCUGCAUAGAUUAAGUCUUCCCCUCCAUUUUAUGUGCUUAUUAUUUUGCUUUAUUAUUUAAAUAUUUUGUACCUAAUGUACUUUGUAUAUAUUAUACUUUUUAGAGUAGUACACGUACUGUAUAAUUAUAUGAAAUAAAUGUUGAUUUGAAUUAAUUUAAAAACCAAAUUAAGCUUGCCCGACGGUAUUAAUAUUGGUUUUUUUGGCCAGGUAUAUCAGCCCAAAACGUUCCUUUAUAAUGUUAAGUAAAUUUACACACCUCAGGCCUCCCGUGUACACCAACGUACCCACCAUGUACACCAACACGUUCAUUUAAUUUGCAAUUUGGCGAAUUAUUGGGCAAAGUUAACAGCGUUGGUGUACACCAGCCCUUAUUGCAUUUUCAGACCUCACAGCUCGUUUUGGUCCAAAGUGCACUCUGUGGCUGUUUACCUGUUUGCAGGAAAUAGUUGCUAUUGUACUUUGCUUUUGAAUGAUACCAUAGGAUUUCCCUGUUGAUUUGCAGAAAACGAAAGAAAGUCGAUUCAAAGUUUUGUUUACUUCCUUGAUUUUUUUCUCUCACUGUUAAUCAUUAACUCAUCCUGCUGAACAGGUCAAAUAAAAUUGUC